AUGGCUGAUCUUUCACUUUGCGAUCAAUGCCAUCCGGUCGGCAUACAUAAACGCAGCUGGGGAACUUUGGCAGAUGUCGAUUUCAUCAAUGGGAGACUGAAGAAAAAAACGUUGAUGGAAUCCGAGUGUUUUGUUAAUGGGAAUCUUACUAUCAACUGUGUGAUCGAAAGUUUAAUUCAAAUAAUUCCUGAAAAACUAUCAAAGAAGUUGGCUAUAGAGGCCGAUUUGGAUGAGAAACUAUUCAGCAACAGCGAUCGACUAGUAGUUGCCGAACUGGAAGAACUCUUUGAAACUACGAAAUUUUCUGACAUCAUCUUUAACGUCCGUGGACGUCAAUUUAAAGCCCACAAGAGCAUUUUGGUCGCAAGAAGUAAAUAUUUUGACGCGAUGUUCGAACAUCCAACUAAAGAAAAUUUGACGAACCGAAUCGAAGUUGAAGACGUCGAGCCGGCCGUGUUUCACGAAAUUCUCCGCUUCAUCUACACUGGGAAAGUGUCGGAGUCGUCGAUGGGGAAGAUGCCCGCCGGAAUACUUGCGGUUGCCGAUAAAUAUCUGUUGGAACAAUUAAAAAUGGAAUGUGAAACUCAAUUGACCAAUCGAAUGUCGGCAGAAAAUUGCCUGGGAUUGCUUUUGAUCACCGAUGAACACCACCCAGCGUUUCAUUUGAGGAAAUAUGCGGUCGAAUUCUUCCGUCAAUUUGCAGGCGAAGUGAUGGCGAUGGACGAUUGGAAAAAGGCCGAACAAGAAGAUCUCGAACAGUUUAACAGUAUGUUGAUGGACCUUGUCAAAUCCCUUGUAUAG